CGAGAGCAGCAGGGACAAUAUGUUUUGGUCAGACAGUUGAAGAUGUAACGUCUCCACACGUCGACACGGAGACCACAAAAUGUGACGGUGUCCGCGGUACAAGAAAAUUCCACAGGUGCGCGACAUGAAAGGGAAAUGUGAGCGACGGGUUUUUUUUUCUGUCCAUGUCAGUUACUUUAACGUUUUUGAAAGUGUCGCGCGACGUAGUGUAAAUCAGACUUAACUGUUCCUGCCGUUCGCUUCACUUUUCUCCAGUUGUUUGAAGAAUAUUUUUCGCCUUUCCUCGGGAUAUUUCCUUGCACUGGACGACUGAGGACAUAUUCAUGAUGAAAUAUAAGCCCAACCAGACCAGGACGUACGACGGCGAGGGAUUCAAGAGAAGAGCGGCGUGUUUGUGCUUCAGGAACGAGAAAGAGGACGAGGUGCUGCUGGUGAGCAGCAGUCGACAUCCAGACCAAUGGAUCGUGCCUGGAGGGGGAAUGGAGCCAGAGGAGGAGCCGUGUGGGACCGCUGUCAGGGAGGUGUUUGAGGAGGCGGGUGUUAAGGGGAAGCUUGGCAGACUGCUUGGGAUUUUUGAGUAUAAUCAGGACAGAAAGCACAGGACAUACGUCUACACCCUCAUAGUGACAGAGACACUGGAGGACUGGGAGGAUUCAGUCAACAUUGGAAGAAAGAGAAAGUGGUUCCCGGUUGAUGAGGCCCUCAAAGUUCUGCAGAGCCACAAGCCUGUCCAUGCAGAAUACCUACGCCAACUCCCAAACACCUGCAGUCCAACCUGCAGUUCCGUGUGUGACCCCACUAACAACAACAACCUGAGCUCCCAAAUUACUGACAACAACCCUCCUCACUGUGAUUGCUCCACAGAGAGCACAGAUCAAGUGAACAGAUAGGAUCGUCAGCAGCAGCAGCCGUUCUUCUGAAAGGAUAUCUGGAAGACGUAUGUUCUGAAAAACACUAAUGGAGCCUCUUAAUAUGCACAGCAAAGACUUCUUAAAGUUGAUGUGAAACCACAUUGAAGUGGGCUUAAAGAGUGCCAAAGGUUUAUAAGUAUAUUUAAGAUUUUAUAUGUAUAUUUUUACCAACUGUCUCUGGUCCCAAAUCUAUCAGCUUUAGAUGGAUUGUUCUCCGUGUGCUGCUUAUGGACUGUAAAGAUUCUUCUAUGUCUUACACGCUGAAUAACUGACUGGCAGUACACACAAUGAUGGUUUGGUUUCCUGGAGGCCAGUACUCGAAAGUGGUGUCGCAGAGGGAGAGGGAGACCUAUCGGUCCUGAAGAAGCUUUAUGUACAUUAAUAUUUUUUUUUGUGAACUGUUAUGAAGCCUGGGAAGCAAAGUUGACGAAGCUGUCAGUUUACAGUAUCAUCAUGAAGUACUAGUAACACUGUAAUAAAGGUUUGAGGAAUAUUUGUAGCCACUGACUGGAAACAAAGCCUUAGAUAGUCCUGCUUCAUUAUCUUUUUGUUUGUUCAUAUUGUAAAUGUAGUCAGGCUGACUUUUACAUUUAGCUUGAGACAGUAUAUUGACACUGUGAAGUUAAAUGACAGCUUGUGCAGAGUAGAACAGAGCCUCAGUCAAGUAAUCAAAACAAAAACUCCCAGUUGAAAGGACAUAUUAAAUAAAAAAUAUGUGUCUUCUGCAGAUGCUGUAAUUAUGAACUCUGCCCAGUUUUAUUUUCAGCUAUGCUUGUCUGUUUAGCAGCUUAACUCAAGAAAGUAAAGGAUCCUCACCAGGACCUCCUCACAAAGAGUGAGGAGGUCCUGGUUUUAGAGGGUUAUAAUGUGUUGUGCUACAAUAUAAUUCUUCUAAGUGCCUUCAAACACAAUAGUUUUAUGUACAGUAUACAUCCUGCAGCACUGACCGGAAGCAGUGCACAAUGCUGAAACCAACCCUAUUUUAUUUUUCAGCAUUGGAUAAGUGUGAACUAUUUAAGUUUAUUUAAGGACAUUUCAUGUUAUAAUUUAGUACAUACCAACAAAUAAUUAAUUCAUGUUUCAUGGGAUAAUAUCCUCUCCUAUUGUUAGAAACAAUGAACUGUCAGUUACAAAGCCUGAUCCUUAUUUGGUCAGACAUUUUAUGGUCAACAAUUUAUAAUUCCAGUUUAUUUACUCAGAGUGCUUCUUGUUCUGUGGAGCAUGGGAAGUAUCAUGCAUUGAUUUCUAUUUGUGCACGUGGCUGUAAUAUUCUACUGUCCAUCACUGUGUUGUAUAUAAUUCCUUUUAAAUAAACUGUUUAUUGAC